AUGCCUCAAGACUCUGCAGUGGCCACAAACAACCCAGAACGGCAAGUGCUGAAGGAGACCCGGGGUCGAUUCCACCUCAUAGGGGACAUGCAGAGCAACAACUGUUCCCUGGAUAUCAGAGAUGCCCAAAGGGGUGAUAAUGGUUCCUACUUCUUCAUGGGAAAGCAGCAAAGAAAAAAAUCAGCUUCAGGAGUGAUUCUGGGAGCCAUCAGGGGUGCUGGUGUCACAGCUCUGCUCUCCAUCGCCAUCUGCCUCAUCUUCUUCAUAGUGAAGGCACACAGAAAGAAAGCAGCCAGGACUGCAGUGAGCAUGAGCCACACACGCCCCACUGUUGAGUCACUUUCCCAGUGUCAACAGCAGGACUCAAAGGUUCACAGCCAUGCCAAGGAUCCCACCUUGGGGACAGAGCAAGAAGUACACUAUGUGUCCCUCAGCUUUCACAGGUCAGCGUCUCGGAAGGAAACCUCUCCCUAG